CUCAAGUCAGUAUUGCGCAGACUUUGUCUCCAAAAGUGCAACACAACAGCUCCCACAGGAGGGAAAUUUGGCUUCAUUUUUGUACAAUAGGAGGAAGUGCACCCAGGUUAUCCAUCUUUUCUACAGUGACUGCUCUAAAUCCUAAAAUCUCACUUGCAUGUGGGAAGAGUUAGUGAGAGGCAAACGUAGCAUCAGCUGUUACUGAUCUCACUAAAUGUAAAGAGCAACGUCUGGUAGGAUUUAAAGGAGCCAGCUGCAUCUACACAACCCAAACAGAGCUCAGAAGGUGGCUCAGAUGAAAACAUGAGCAGAAACACAGAGAAGGCACUAAAAGAAGUAGACACUCAGAACAGGUCAUGUCAAAUAAAAACCGAGACUUUACCGAGACUGCUUGACAGACUUCACCUUCAAGACAAACUCCAACAAAAGUUGUCACCAGAAGAUUUUCUUCAAAUAGGUCCACCUGUGAAACAGCACCAUGUAGAAUCUGAGAAAGAUCUAGCUUGCUCUUUUCUCCAAAGGCUGAUAAUAUUAGACUACAGGGCCAGAUAUACUUCUGUAAGAUCAAGCUGUAAGAUCAAGGAGUCGUUCAAUGCUUCCUGCAGUGACUGGGAUGUUUUUGUGAGCAGCAGUUUGGACACACAGAAGAAAGAGAAGGCUUCUGUGCAUCCAAUGGACGUUCAGAUGGCAGUAUUUCACUGCUCAGACAGCUUCCUGAAACAAAUGAUGAUUACAAAGCUCUCUCAGUGUCAGUAUGCCUUACCUUUACUUGUUCCUGACCCAGUUACAAAGGAGAUUCAGUUUCCUCUGUGGACUUUCAGAGAAGUGACAAAAACCUGGAAGGUCAUUCAGUGUGAUUCAGAGAUUGUCACCAUGAAGAGUGUUCCAGUCUACAAAGCUAAAACACCCUUGGUGUCAUUUUUCCGCCUGGGUUCUUUGUCAGUGUCUAAAUCUCAGAUAAUGAACAAUUUGAUCAACGACCGUCACGACACCUUCUUCCACAGAAACUCCUCAGGAAGCACAGAAUUUCGCUAUCUGAUGGACGGUGUGGCAGAGAUUACCUGGUACUGCCCUGCUGGAAAACCCAAUGAUGCCUUCAGUGACUGCAUUGCCUUUUGUAAUCUCCAUGGUGAUGCUCUGUUGAUUGAAAAACAGCGUGACAUACUGAUUGAAAAAUCUUCAGUCAAUGUUUUUUUUGUGGCAUCUCUGCAAAACAAUGAAGAAAGUGAAUCAUUUAUAUCGUCUCUUCUUAAGUCCCAUAAGCCUUUCAUCUGUCUCACAGUUGAUAACAGCCGCAAUGUCAUUGUGAUAAAAAAGGGAAAGUACAAAAUGGGCCUCAAAGACAGAAGCCACUCAGAUGUAUCUGAACACCUGAAAAGGAUCAUUAGAGAAAUUCUAACUUCCGUCGAUGGUCCCAUCUUGAAACCAUCCUUCCAGCUUGAAACCAUGGCUGAGCUCUCUGGAAUCAGAGUGGAUGAAACUGACCCAGCCUGUCAAAGAGGGAAAUCUGCUGCUAUGGAAAUAAUCAAUCUGCUUAAAAAGGAUAACAUGGAUGUCUCAAAGAUCAAAGAUGAAUUUCUCCCUUGUCAAGGCAAACUGUGGCAUCAGUGGAGCAAAAUACACAGAGAACUGUUUCAUCUCAGAGGAAAUAUUGAAAAGGAGAAAAGUAAAAAGCAACAAGAACUGAUGAACAUACGUCAGAAACAAUGUGCUGCUUCCUGCAGUAAACUGAUGGAGUUGUUCACUGGAAGUCUCUCAUCAUUGCCACCAACAGACAGAGAGUAUUUCCUAAAAUGGACUCAGAUCUUCAUAGAUGUCCUCUCCACACAUGAUCUUUCUUCAAUUCUCCAAAGUUAUGAUGAAAAGUGGUCUGAGGUCUUGGCUUUGACAAACAAAUGGGACAAAUCAGAUCUGUUAUUAAAAAAACAAACUGAGCUUGAUGACAUAUCCAAAAAACUUCAGUCUGUAACUUUUGGUUUGGAGCACAUCUUCAGAGAAAUGGGACAGAUCUAUGAAGCCCAUAAAACAACACAAAGAGAGAGCAGACACACUGACUGGUCUAAAUACCCUGAGCUGGCUGCACAGCUGAUGAUAUCAGGACACCCGAUGGAGCUGAUGGAUGGUGAUGCAGGUCAUGUGCCUUUAACAUGGAUCUCCAGUCUUUUAGAAGAAGUCAUCAAGAAACUGGGGAACCAGAGAGUUUUUGUGUUGUCAGUUUUGGGCCUACAAAGCAGUGGAAAAUCAACAAUGCUGAACACCAUGUUUGGGCUGCAGUUUGCAGUGAGUGCUGGCAGGUGCACCAAAGGUGCCUUCAUGCAGCUGCUCAAAGUAUCAGAGGAGAUGAAGAAAGACUUGAAGUUUGACUAUGUUCUAGUGGUGGACACUGAAGGACUGCGUGCUCUUAAGGUAGAAAGUAACAACACUCUUCAUCAUGACAAUGAACUGGCAACACUUGUUGUUGGUCUGGGAAACCUGACACUGAUCAACAUCUUUGGAGAGAAUCCUUCUGAUAUGCAAGACAUUUUGCAGAUUGUUGUUCAGGCUUUCGUGAGGAUGAAGAUAGUUAAACUUUCUCCCAGUUGUGUGUUUGUUCACCAGAAUGUCACAGAUGUUGCAGCAGCAGAGAAAAACAUGGAUGGAAAGAGACGCCUGCAGGAAAAACUGGACCAGAUGGCCAAACUAGCAGCUGAAGAGGAAGUUUGUGAUGCAGAGUGCUUCAGUGAUGUCAUUGAAUUUAAUGUUCAAACAGAUGUGAAAUACUGUGCCCAGCUGUGGGAGGGCAGUCCACCCAUGGCUCCUCCAAAUCCAGGUUACAGUGAGAGCAUCCAGGAAGUGAAGAACGCCAUCCUCUCUAAAGCUUCAAAGUCUGCUGGGAUCACUCUCUCACAGUUCAAAACAAACAUCCAGGACCUGUGGACUGCACUGCUGAAUAUGCCGAGGAAAACAGUGACUGAGAUACUGCUUGACAUACUUCACCUUCAAGACAACGUUCAACAGAAGUUGUCACCAGCAGAUUUUCUUCAAAUACGUCCAGCUUGGAAACAGAUGAACCGUGUAACAUCUGAGAAAGAUCUAGCUCACACUUUUCUCCACAGGCUGAUAAUGUUGGACUACCGGGCCAGAUAUAUUCCUGUAAGAUCAGACAGUCCUGAGGUGACCAAUUUAAAGCCCACAAUGUUUGACAACACUGAGACAGAUGACAAUGAUCUAGAGGAAUUGUUUAAAACUACUGCAGGCACAAAUAAGAAUGAGAAAGCUCAUGUGCAUCCAAUGGAUGUUCAGAUGGCAGUAUUUCACUGCUCAGACAGCUUCCUUAAACAGAUGAUGAUUACAAAGCUCUCUCAGUGUCAGUAUGCCUUACCUUUACUUGUUCUUGACCCAGUAACAAAGGAGAUUCAGUUUCCUCUGUGGACUCUCAGAGAGAUAACAAAAACAUGGAAGGUAACUCAAAUCAAAGAUAACUCAAAGAUCGUCACCAUGAAGAGUGUUCCAGUCUACAAAGCUGAAACACCCUUGGUGUCAUUUUUCCGUCUGGGUUCUUUGUCAGUGUCUAAAUCUCAGCUGAUGAACACUUUGAUCAACGACCGUCACGACACCUUCUUCCACAGAAACUCCUCAGGAAGCACAGAAUUUCGCUAUCUGAUGGACGGUGUGGCAGAGAUUACCUGGUACUGCCCUGCUGGAAAACCCAAUGAUGCCUUCAGUGACUGCAUUGCCUUUUGUAAUCUCCAUGGUGAUGCUCUGUUGAUUGAAAAACAGUGUGACAUACUGAUUGAAAAAUCCUCCAUCAAUAUUUUUCUUGUGGCAUCUCUGCAAAGCAAUGAAGAAAGUCGAUCAUUUAUAUCAUCUCUUUUUAAGUCUCAUAAGCCUCUCAUUUGUCUCACUGUUGAUGGCAGCUGUGAUGCUGUUAAGUCAAAAAAGGGAAAAUACAUAAUGGGCCUCAAAGACAAAAGCCAGUUAGAUGUAUCUGAACACCUGAAAAGGAUCAUUAGAGAAGUUUUGUCUUCUCUCAAUGGUCCCAUCUUGAAACCAUCCUUCCAGCUUGAAACCAUGGCUGAGCUCUCUGGAAUCAGAGUGGAUGAAACUGACCCAGCCUGUCAAAGAGGGAAAUCUGCUGCUAUUAAAAUAAUCAAUCUGCUUACAAAGGAUAACAUGGAUGUCUCAAAGAUCAAAGAUGAAUUUCUCCCUUGUCAAGGCAAACUGUGGCAUCAGUGGAGCAAAAUACACAGAGAAAUGUUUCAUCUCAGAGGAGAUGCUGAAAAGGAGAAAAGUAAAAAGCAACAAGAACUGAUGAACAUACGUCAGAAACAAUGUGCUGCUUCCUGCAGUAAACUGAUGGAGUUGUUCACUGGAAGUCUCUCAUCAUUGCCACCAACAGACAGAAAGUAUUUCCUAAAAUGGACUCAGAUCUUCAUAGAUGGACUCUCCACAGAUGAUGUUUCUUCAAUUCUCCAAAGUUAUGAUGAAAAGUGGUCUGAGGUCUUGGCUUUGAAGAACAAACAUGACAAAGCAGAUCUGUUAUUUAAAAAACAAACUGAGCUUGAUGACAUAUCCAAAAAACUUCAGUCUGCAACUUUUGGUUUGGAGCACAUCUUCAGAGAAAUGGGACAGAUCUAUGAAGCCCAUAAAACAACACAAAGAGAGAGCAGACACACUGACUGGUCUAAAUACCCUGAGCUGGCUGCACAGCUGAUGAUAUCAGGACACCCGAUGGAGCUGAUGGAUGGUGAUGCAGGUCAUGUGCCUUUAACAUGGAUCUCCAGUCUUUUAGAAGAAGUCAUCAAGAAACUGGGGGACCAGAGAGUGUUUGUGUUGUCAGUUUUGGGCCUACAAAGCAGUGGAAAAUCAACAAUGCUGAACACCAUGUUUGGGCUGCAGUUUGCAGUGAGUGCUGGCAGGUGCACCAAAGGUGCCUUCAUGCAGCUGCUCAAAGUAUCAGAGGAGAUGAAGAAAGACUUGAAGUUUGACUAUGUUCUAGUGGUGGACACUGAAGGACUGCGUGCUCUUAAGGUAGAAAGUAACAACCCUCUUCAUCAUGACAAUGAACUGGCAACACUUGUUGUUGGUCUGGGAAACCUGACACUGAUCAACAUCUUUGGAGAGAAUCCUUCUGACAUGCAGGACAUCCUGCAGAUUGUUGUUCAGGCUUUCAUGAGGAUGAAGGAAGUUAAACUUUCUCCCAGUUGUGUGUUUGUUCACCAGAAUGUCACAGAUGUUGCAGCAGCAGAGAAAAACAUGGAUGGAAAGAGACGCCUGCAGGAAAAACUGGACCAGAUGGCCAAACUAGCAGCUGAAGAGGAAGUUUAUGAUGCAGAGCGCUUCAGUGAUGUCAUUGAAUUUAAUGUUCAAACAGAUGUGAAAUACUGUGCCCAGCUGUGGGAGGGCAGUCCACCCAUGGCUCCUCCAAAUCCAGGUUACAGUGAGAGCAUCCAGGAAGUGAAGAACGCCAUCCUCUCUAAAGCUUCAAAGUCUGCUGGGAUCACUCUCUCACAGUUCAAAACCAAAGUUCAGGACCUGUGGACUGCACUGCUGAAUAUGCCGAGGAAAACAGUGACUGAGAUACUGCUUGACAUACUUCACCUUCAAGACAACGUUCAACAGAAGUUGUCACCAGCAGAUUUUCUUCAAAUACGUCCAGCUUGGAAACAGAUGAACCGUGUAACAUCUGAGAAAGAUCUAGCUCACACUUUUCUCCACAGGCUGAUAAUGUUGGACUACCGGGCCAGAUAUAUUCCUGUAAGAUCAGACAGUCCUGAGGUGACCAAUUUAAAGCCCACAAUGUUUGACAACACUGAGACAGAUGACAAUGAUCUAGAGGAAUUGUUUAAAACUACUGCAGGCACAAAUAAGAAUGAGAAAGCUCAUGUGCAUCCAAUGGAUGUUCAGAUGGCAGUAUUUCACUGCUCAGACAGCUUCCUUAAACAGAUGAUGAUUACAAAGCUCUCUCAGUGUCAGUAUGCCUUACCUUUACUUGUUCUUGACCCAGUAACAAAGGAGAUUCAGUUUCCUCUGUGGACUCUCAGAGAGAUAACAAAAACAUGGAAGGUAACACAAAUCAAAGAUAACUCAAAGAUCGUCACCAUGAAGAGUGUUCCAGUCUACAAAGCUGAAACACCCUUGGUGUCAUUUUUCCGUCUGGGUUCUUUGUCAGUGUCUAAAUCUCAGCUGAUGAACACUUUGAUCAACGACCGUCACGACACCUUCUUCCACAGAAACUGCCCAGGAAGCACCAAGUCUCGCUAUUUGAUGGAUGGUGUAGCAGAGAUUACCUGGUACUGCCCUGCUGGAAAACCCAAUGAUGCCUUCAAUGACUGCAUUGCCUUUUGUAAUCUCCAUGGUGAUGCUCUGUUGAUUGAAAAACAGUGUGACAUACUGAUUGAAAAAUCCUCCAUCAAUAUUUUUCUUGUGGCAUCUCUGCAAAGCAAUGAAGAAAGUCGAUCAUUUAUAUCAUCUCUUGUUAAGUCUCAUAAGCCUCUCAUUUGUCUCACUGUUGAUGGCAGCUGUGAUGCUGUUAAGACAAAAAAGGGAAAUUACAUAAUGGGCCUCAAAGACAAAAGCCAGUCAGAUGUAUCUGAACACCUGAAAAGGAUCAUUAGAGAAGUUUUGUCUUCUCUCAAUGGUCCCAUCUUGAAACCAUCCUUCCAGCUUGAAACCAUGGCUGAGCUCUCUGGAAUCAGAGUGGAUGAAACUGACCCAGCCUGUCAAAGAGGGAAAUCUGCUGCUGUGAAAAUAAUCAGUCUGCUUAAAAAGGAUAACAUGGAUGUCUCAAAGAUCAAAGAUGAAUUUCUCCCUUGUCAAGGCAAACUGUGGCAUCAGUGGAGCAAAAUACACAGAGAAAUGUUUCAUCUCAGAGGAAACAUUGAAAUGGAGAAAAGUAAAAAGCAACAAGAACUGAUGAACAUACGUCAGAAACAAUGUGCUGCUUCCUGCAGUAAACUGAUGGAGUUGUUCACUGGAAGUCUCUCAUCAUUACCGCAACAGUCAGAUGCUAGACCUUCAUAG